AUGGCGAACGAGCAGCCGGCGGAGACCUACACGGUGGAGGAGCUCGUGGCGGUGAACCCCUACAACCCCGACAUCCUCAACGACCUCGAGGUCUUCGUCAACGAGCAGGUUUCUUCUAAAACAUAUAACCUGGAUGCAAAUCUCAGCCUUCUACGCCUUUACCAGUUUGAGCCAGAAAGGUUGAGCGUACAAAUUGUAGCCCGCAUAUUGAUCAAGGCUCUCAUGGCAAUGCCAGCCCCUGACUUCAGCCUAUGCUUGUUCUUAAUUCCUGAACACGUGCAAAUGGAGGAGCAGUUCAAGACGUUGAUAGUUCUGUCUCACUACCUGGAGACUGGUAGGUUCCGCCAGUUUUGGGAUGAGGCAUCAAAGAGCCGUAACAUACUGGAUGUUGUACCAGGUUUUGAGCAGGCAAUCCAAAGCUAUGCGAUUCAUGUGCUUUCCUUGACAUACCAGAAAGUUCCCAGGCCAGUUCUAGCCGAGGCCAUCAACAUUGAAGGGCUUGCAUUGGACAAGUUUAUGGAGUAUCAUGCUGCAAACUCAGGAUGGGUCAUUGAGAAGGGUGCACGCUCCCAACUGAUUGUCCUUCCGCGCAACGAGUUCAAUCACCCCGAACUCAAGAAGAACACAGCCGACACUGUUCCAUUCGAGCACGUGACCCGCAUAUUCCCCAUCCUGAGCUGA